GUGAUUAUCCAGUUACAUAUAUGAAAUAUAAAUAUCUAUACAAGGAAAAGCAUAGCACUAAACUUAACAUUAAAAAUACAAUUAAAUAUUGAAAAUGACUUCAAGAGUGAGUAAAAAGGUUGAAAUACCUAGUGAAAACGACAUGAAAGGCGAUGAGGAAUUAAAGCCAUUAUCGCAUUACAUAGACGAUCGGUUGGAAUUGGUAAAACAAAUAUUUUCGACCCUGAAGCCGAAAACCAUCAAAAGCUUGUCCCCAGAUUUUUUGAAGGAAUCCACCAUUGAAGAUAUACAAGAGAUGUGCUUGAAUGAGUUACUUGGAAUAUCAUCAAAAAGAUUAAAGUCUAUUAUUUAUGCGAGUAAAUGCCCAACAGAUACUGAGUCGUCUGAUUCCAAUGUCGAGGAAAAUAUUUCUUUGGAAGAAAUUUCCUCAGACUCAGACGGAGAAAAUCAGCCUAAAAGAAAAAAAGGAAAUAAAAUUGGAAAACUAAAUAAAAAUAAACUUGAAAAUGAUUCCAAAAAUGAAAAUGGUAAAGAAAUGAGUGUAUUAGAACUUCUUGAAUUACAAGCUCGUGCAAGAGCUAUACGAUCUCAAUUAGCGCUUGAACCUAUAGCUAAAGUUGAAUUGGAUGAUUCAGAAGAUUCAUCGAAGAAAGACAUUAGUUCCAAGUCUUCUGAUCGAAAAUCCAAUCAAUCAAGAACUUCGAAAAACCAUUCAAUUCCAUCAAAAUCUAAUUCUGUUUCAAAUUCUAAAACUAUAGCGACUGAAAAUUCCAAAUACUCAAAAAGUGGUUCGGCACAAUCUUCAAAUCAUGUUAAUUUGCCAAGCUCUAAACCAAUCAAACUAAAAAGAAAUUAUUCAAAACCAUCAUUGGAAUGCAUUCCGACAAAUUUAACAAGGAAUAAUCACAGUGAAAACUUUACGGAAAAAAUACGUUCUUCAGAUAAUAUUUCCAGAAUCCCGUCAGUCGAAAAAAUUAGAGAUGUUCCUGAAAAAAUUAAAAAGGAAGUCAAAGAUCACAAAAGACGUAAAGAUCAUAAUUUAGAACGUAUAGAAAGGAGGUCGCGCGAAAAAAUUGAAGUCAAAAAAUCAAAUGAAAAAAGAUCUGGACGAUCACAGUCCCCAGAUGUUUUGGCUAUUUUACCUAGUCCUGAAAUUUUAUCUGUAAGUGAUUCAAGUGAUGAGGAAAAUCAUCCGGUAAUCAAAAAGGAAAAGAUGGACGAUUUAGAUUCGGAAACAGAUUCUUCUUUAACAGAAUCAUCUGACACAUCUUUGUCGUCAGAAGAAUCUGACUCAGAAUAUUCCAAUGAUGAUAAAAAUAAUCCUGAAAAAAUGGAAGAUUUACGGAAUGUAAUACAAAGAAAGAAAAAUAAAGAAACGGAAAUUAAAAAACCUCAAUCUUCAACAGAUGUUAGUUCUAAAGAUCAUAAGCACUCAAAUGAAUCUCCUCAGAGGAUGCCAAACCAACAGAAUAAUAAAAUCAAUUCAGAGAAAAAUGAAACGUCGAAUGAAGAAAUAAAAGAAAAAUCCUCAUUCCCCGUCCUUCAAGAAAAAGAAAUUGCUUAUAAAGAUUUUGCAGAUACAAAUGUAUCAUUAGGAGAAAAUAGUGUAUUAAAUGUUGGAAAACAACCAAAAGAUAGACUUCUCUUGAAUAUGGAGUUAGAAAAGUCUGUCAUUGAUUGUGAUAUUUGCAAAGUUGAAUGUGAAAGAUCACUAGAUACUUCAAACAAGCGAAUUAAGCAAGAUGAUGAUCAACAUAAUGAUGAUGCUAUUUCUCUUGGAGAUGCUGAACUUGAUUAUGGUAUUGAUCAUAUAGUAGAAGAAAGAUCCAAUGCUAACAUUAACAUACCUGACACGCCACUUUCUCCUGAAGUUAAUCAAUCAGAGCCUGAAGAUAACGAAGAAUGUGAUAAUGAAAAUUUGCAUGAAAAGAGUGAUUUUAUUGAUUUACAUGAUUCUAGUGGCGACGAAGUUUGUCCUGAAGAGAAUAGCUCAUGGAAUGAUAGAUGGUUGAAAAGUUCUAAAGUUAGUAAAAUUUUAGCAGCUUCAAAAUUGGCGAAUAAAGUACGAGAUAAGGUCAAAAAAUCAAAAAAAGCCGAAAAAGAAAAAGAACAACAGCAGUUACAACAGCAACAAGACAUUAUAAUAGAAAGACGUGAAAGUAAAAGUGAAGCUUUAUCACACUUUGAAGAAGGCUCAGUUAAACAGUAUGAAAAAAUUAAGGAGAUUGUAAAAAAUCCACCUAAAUGAUAUUUAAAAAGAAAGAAAAGGGGAGCAAUAGAUAAUACUUAGUCUUAAAAAUUUGAAAAAAAUUUUUAAAAUAUCAUUUUCAAAAUAAUAACAUAACGUUAAUAAUUCAACAAUAGUUAAGACUUCGAAUGAUCAAGAUAAUGUAUUAUAAAAUAUUUGACAUAGAAAAAGUUGCUAUCUAGAAUUAAUUUUUGAAAUUUUUUAAUUAAUAGGUGUAUAUGUAUUUGUAUGCGAAUAUAUAAUAUAAAUAUUUUAGUUAUUUAAUGCUUCAUUUUUAGUUUUCGUAAAAGUACAUAUUAUGAAAAAAAAAUGUUUUAAUAA